AUGACAGAAGCAGAGGGCGCCCGGGGAUGGCGCCGACCCCGGGGCACUGCCCCCCCCCCCGCCCCGCGCGGCAGCAUCCCCGCGGCACCCACCUGCGACGGCUCGGCCGCUGGCGCCCCGCUACCGGCCCCGCAGCAUCGCCCCGGCCGCCGGGCCCGCCCAGCGCUGCAGCGAGAGCCGGGGCCGCGGUCGCCGCCAGCUGAUCCCCGAGCGCCCCGCCGAGCCCGGCCCGCCGCCCCUCCCCCGCGCGCGCGCCCGCCCGCCCCGCGCCGGCCGCCCAACCAGGAAGUGACCCGCCGCCGGAAGUGCCUGUCGGGGCGGCGCUGCCCCCGCCCCGCGGCCGCCGCUCUGUCGCGACGGGCGAGAAGGGAGAAGGGAGACCCCGCAGCGGGGGCGGCGCGGGGCGUCUCAGCGAGGGGACCGUUUCGGAGGCGAACUGUUACGGCCGGGCCGCGCGGCACCCUGGGACACGUAGUUCGGCGCCGGGCCGCGGCUGGACUACAACUCCCAGGAUGCCCCUGGAGGGGGAGCGUGGGGGGGGGGUGCGGGGGCGAGCGAGGCGGCGCGGCGGCCUCGGAGGCCCGACGGUGUCAGCGGCUGCUGCGCGAGCGGGGAUUCGGUUGCUUAAACACAUGCGCUAGAGGAGCUGCCGGGGACGGGGAGGCCGCUGCGCGUUCCGCCCUUCUGGAGCCAUCUCCUACGCGGCGGGACCUCCCCGCCCAAGGGAUUCUGGGGCUUGUUGUUCCCGAGAGGAUGGAGGCUGACACCUGGAGGACGCGGCGUGGCGGCUCAGCCCCCGGCGGCCCCGCGGGGCUCGGGACGGCGCCCGGCCCGGAAGUGGACGGCGGGGGCCAGGGCGAGAGCCGUGCGGGCGGCUGCGGCGAGGCCACGCGCGACCCGCCGAGCCCCCGGGCCCGCAGCCUCCGAGCUGUCGGGGACCCGCUCGCGGAGGAGAAGCGCAGCCAGCGGUGCUUGCUCCGGGACUCCGGGCGACUAAAGGGAUCUCCUCCUUGAUGCUUAUUUUACCCUGACACCGCCUGAGUGACAAAGUCCACUGGGUGGACAACGUGAUUUUCAACUACCAAAUACAGAAAAUUUGGAAAGCCGUUAUCCGUUGACACCAUAAUCUGAUGACAAACCCGCCGAAGACUUAGUCCUGCUGCUCACAAGUCUGUGGUAGCUGAGCCUUAAUCGGAUCUCGCAUGGAUCGUGGUUGAGCUCUCCCGCGGGCCGGAGGUCGGCUGGCUGUUUUCUGGAUGAGGAUGGUCUCUGCUGCUCUUCACUGGUCUCUCAUAUCCCUGCGACGGACAAGCUGGGGCAAGUUGCCACGCUGGGGCGGAGAUUCAGGAGUGAAUAAGCUCAUUGCACAAGAGAGCGAGCAGAGAUGCACAGGUGCUUUUCAAGCCCCUGCUUGUUCACACCUGCUCACGUUGGGCUGGCCUGGGUGAGUUACAUGGCUGAACCCACACUUAGAGGGGGACGGGACUCCAGAGUCACAAGCAGAGGACGGGGAGACAAGGAGCCCUCAACUGGGGCCACUGGUAUAAUACAUAGCUGUGUUUAUAAGCUUUGCUCAUCCGUUUAAUAAAUUCAACAUAGUUUCUUUCAUAUCGUGAAUUUAGUUUUGAAGUAAAGAAGUACCUCUUGAAGUAAAAUUUCUUCUAUUGUUACAUAUUAUUGCAGAAGUAUAAGAAAUAAAAUAUAAAAAAAUAAAAUAAAAUAUAAACAGGUAAAAUGAGCAUAAGGAAAUGUGGUCAUUUCCCCUACCUAUAGAGAUGGUCUCUCCUGAUGUCUAUUCUUCAAGGUCCCCCUCUUUCUCUAAUAAAA